AUGGCUAGUGCUCAAGCCAAACAAAAGAUGGUUUCGUUUCAUAAGAAUUUAUUGAGCCCUACAACAAUUUCGCAAGACGAAAGUAAGAGAAGAAAAUCCUCACCUCCACCCAUACUUAAAAAAGAACCGAAUCAAGAAUUACCCAGAAAGAGAAUACUCUCAAUCGCAAGCGGUACGGAUGAAUUACAUAAGCAGUCGGCAAGUGGUCUCAUUUCCAAUCUAGUCUCACAAUUAGAAAAACAGGGAAAAACAACUGAGCAAAGUGUUGUUGUAAACAACAAUUCAAAACCAAUUUCAAAAAAGCUAAAUGAAAUGAGUAAUGAAAAUUCAUCAUGUUCAAUUAAUGGUGUGAUGCAACUUGUUUCUGAUAUUGAUGAAAUUACAAAUUGGGAUAAGAAAAUUGAUGAAAAUGAUGAAAAAAUUUCCAAGGCUAUUCAUUUAUUGAAAUCUCAACUUGGUGAUGUCUAUCAAUUAUUGUUGAAAAUACAAAAGAGUAAUUGGUUUGUAGAUUUGAGAUUUGCAAAAAAGGCCAAAAAAUUAACAAAUGAAUUAGAUAAUGUGACAACGUUAUUGGGUUUAAGUAUUUCCUAUCUUAAAUCUUCAAAGGAAACUAUUGAUAUUAAUGUUUAUGAGGUUGACCAUAGAAAUAACUUGGCAUUGGAAGGUGACAAGUAUUAUUUAGGACAUGGAGUGAGUCAAAAUUAUGAAACAGCUUUCAACUUCUAUUUACAAGCAGCCAAUCUAGACGAACCAAGAUGUCAAUACAUUAUUGGGACUAUGCACAUUGAAGGAAAGGGAAUUGAGCAGAAUGGAAGAAAAGGAGUCAAAUGGAUUCUCAAAUCUUCAAUGCAAAAUUACGCAGAUGCUCUUAAUCAGAUGGGUAUUUACUAUGAGAAGGGAUUCAUUGUUGAAGUUAAUUAUCCACUUGCAGCAAAAUUCUAUUGUAAAGCUAGUCAAUUGUCACAUUUGGAUGGUAUGACAAAUUAUGCCGCUUUCCUUAGACAAGGAAAAGGAACUGAGAAGAAUAUUCAAAAAGCACUAUCACUUCUCAUAAAGGCUUGUGAGAAGAAUUACGAUAAGGCUCAAAAUGAAUUGGGAUUCAUGUACUAUAAGGGAUUAGGAGUUGAUCAAAAUACAAAGCAAGCAGUUGAAUUAUUUACAAUGGCAGCAGAUAGGGGGAAUGCGGUAGCUCUGAAUAAUCUUGGAAUAUCCUAUGAGGAUGGCAUGGGUGUGGUUAGAGAUUAUGCCAAGGCAACUGUGUGUUAUGAACAAUCUGUAGAGCUUGGUAAUGUAAAUGCACUCAACAAUUUAGGAUAUAUUAAAUUGUUACAACAUGAUUAUGAGAGUGCAUUGGAUUUGUUUCAUAAGGCAGCUGAUAGAUGUAGUGCAGAUGCCAUGUAUAAUCUUUCAAAUGUUUACAGAAAGGGAUUAGGGGUGAGUGCAGACAUUUCAAUCUCAAUCAAAUAUUUACACAAAGCUGCUGCUAAUGGUCAUGUCAAAUCUCAAAAAAUGUUGGGAGAUUUGUUCUAUUCUGGUUUGGAAAAUGUUGUCGAGAAGGAUAAGAAACAAGCAGCAAGCUUCUACUAUAAGGCUGGUGUUAAUGGUGAUGCAGAGAGUUGUAACUCUCUUGGAUGCAUGUAUGAGGAUGGAUGUGAAGAUGUUUUAGAGAGAAAUGAAGAAACAGCUUUUAAAUGGUUCAGAAAAGCCUCUGAUUUGGGCUCAGAGAAUGGAAUGGUCAACCUGGCGAGCAUUUACGAGAGGAGAAACCAAACAGAUCAAGCUGUCAAGCUUCUCAAAAGAGCUUCAUCACUGGGUAAUCAAAAAGCACUUGAAAAAUUAGAAUCCUUCUCCAAGUUCAAUAUGUAA